AUGGAGGAUGAAGCGCUGGCGACGGUGAAGAUGGAGGAGGUAAAGAUUGAGGAUGGCGUCGCGCCAAACGGAGUCAACAUGGAGCGGGACCCCAGCAGAACAUCGGCGGAGAAGAAGAGCAACCAGGGGUCCCGCGCCGCUAGCAUGUCGCCCGGUGAUGGCAUGGUCAACGGCGAAGGCAUCUCGACGCCAGGAGGCGCACAGCGACCGAAGCUCUCGCGCAAAGCAUCUCAGAAGCCCGUUAAGCGCGAGUCACCUCUCUUCCACGACCUGCCAGACGUCACGGAGCAAUCGUGUAGUACCUUCCAGGUCAUACCCGAUUGCCUCUACGGAUCCAAGCACAUGGGUUCGACCGACAACGAUGCUCUCGACUGCGACUGCCGUUCCGAGUGGCAUGAAGGAAAAAAUUUGUCAUGUGGCGAAGACUCCGACUGCAUCAACAGGGCGACGAAGAUGGAGUGCCUUGCGGGCGCCGGAAACUGCGGCGACGGCUGCCAGAAUCAGAGAUUUCAGCGGAAGCAGUACGCCAACGUUUCAGUCAUCAAGACAGAGAAGAAGGGGUUCGGCCUCCGCGCCAACAUCGAUAUGCAGGCCAACGACUUCAUUUUUGAGUACAUUGGUGAGGUCAUUAACGAGCCAACCUUUCGACGACGGAUGAUGCAGUACGAUGACGAGGGUAUCAAGCAUUUCUACUUCAUGUCGCUGACCAAGCACGAAUUCGUCGAUGCGACGAAGAAGGGCAACCUGGGGCGCUUUUGCAAUCACUCAUGCAACCCGAACUGCUACGUCGACAAAUGGGUCGUUGGGGAAAAGCUGCGUAUGGGCAUUUUCUCCUCACGCAAAAUUAGAGCCGGCGAGGAGUUGGUUUUCAACUACAAUGUUGACCGCUAUGGAGCUGACCCCCAACCCUGUUACUGUGGCGAGGCGAAUUGCACUGGAUUCAUUGGUGGCAAGACCCAGACCGAGCGGGCGACCAAAUUGCCCCUUACCACAGUGGAGGCGCUCGGCAUUGACGACGGCGACGCUUGGGACACAGUGGUGGCCAAGAAGCCGCGCAAAAAGAAGCCCGAGGAAGACGACGAGGAGUACGUCAAUAGUGUGCAGGCUAGAAGCCUCGAUGAUGAUGGCGCGCGGAAGGUCAUGGCGACUCUGAUGCAGUGCAAGGAGAAAUGGAUUGCCGUCAAGCUGUUGCAGCGGAUUCAGCAGUGUCAGGAUGAGCGGGUGAUCCACUCCGUCAUGCGCAUGCACGCCUAUCAGAUCCUCAAGACAACGCUCAACACCUUCAUCGACGACCACAACGUCGUUCUUCAGGCUCUCGAUAUUCUCGACAAAUUUCCGCGACUGACCCGAAACAAGAUCGAGGGCUCCAAGAUUGAAGCCACCAUUGAUGGACUCACUCGGUCAGAACAUGAAGAGGUCAGCUCAAAGUCGAGGAGACUGCUGGAGGAAUGGUCCAAAUUGGAGCUCGGUUACCGCAUUGGGAAGCGAAAGUUUGACCCCAACGCGUCUGCAACAAAUUCCUUCCAAGAAAGGCGCAAUAUGGACCGCGAAGAGGACGUGACUGCGAAAUCGACCCCUGACCCGCUCCAAAAUGUCGAGAUACCCAAAGGACCUCGAAGCAACGUUCCGCAGCGGAACACACAUUUCUUCAAUGGUCCUCCGCGCCAACGCAGACACCAGAACUUCAAUGGUCACGGAGCACUACCAGCGGGAUGGUUUACAGCGACGGAUCAGCGCGGAAACACGUACUUUUACAGCAAGAACGGUGCUACGACCUGGCAACGUCCCACCAAACCCGCAGACGCCCAAAAAUCGACCCCCAAGGCGUUGCAGGAGCAGCAGCUGCUCAAGAAUAUAAUCGACCAGGUCACGAAGGAGCAAACCCCCAGACCUUCGGCAUCACAGACACCUCAGCGAGCAGUAACUCCCGUCCAGGAGAACAAGCAGGAAAAGUGGCGCUCUCUCAGCAUCGACAAGCAGAUGAAGAUCUAUGAGAACACGCUUUUCCCCCACGUCAAGUACGUCGUCGAUAAGUACAGACAUAAGCUUCCCAAGGACGAUCUUAAGCGACUCGGCAAGGAUGUCUGCAAGAAACUCGUCUCAUCAGACUACAAGCGCAAUCGAAUCCAGGAUCCUACGACUCCACUUGACCCGAAGCAAGCCAGGAAGGUCAAGGCCUAUGUUAAGGACUUCUUGGACAAGGCCAUUGUGAAGUUCAGGCAUCUCGAGAAGGAGAAGGCGACUGCUGAGGGCGACGUGGACAAGUCAAAGGACGCUGCUGCCUUGGCAAACAAGGAGAUUGAUUCCCCGGCUGACGACGUUGUGCUGUCUGACAACGAAGAAGGUGGAUCAAUGGGUAGUCCUGAACGUAAACGCAAGCGUGAGGAGGAGGUGGCUGAGUCACAAAGCCUAACUCCCUCGGAGGAGCCAUCUGUGAAGCGCUUGAGAGAGUUUGAUGCGGACGGUGCAACGCCGCCGCCGCCGCCGCCACCACCUCCUGCUGAUCCAGCACCUAUUGCUACCCCUGAGGAGUCGUUGUCAGAGGAGCAAAGAGCCCUUAGGGAGCAGGAAGAGGCUCUGAUGCGAGAGAAUGAGGAGUCAGAACGGCUGGAAGAGGAAGAGCUCACCAAGGCUAUGGACAUUGGGAGCAUGCCCCAAGAGAUAAAUGAAGCGUCGCUGAACGGUUACCCCCGGACUAACGGGGCAGAGGCUGUCGAUGUGUCCACGCUCGCCAAUACGAGCAACAAACUGGCUGGGCAGCAAGAGGUCCUGGGCCACUGA